UAUAAGUUCAAUUAAUGACAGCAGAAGCCUCUUUAGAGUGGAAAUACUUGCCAGUCACUGGGAUUUUAGUUGAUCAAAAAUCAAAUAAAGUAAUAUGGGAACUGAAAUCUGAAGAUUCUAAAUGGCCAAAAGAUUUAUUUACAGUCUCCAUUUCUUAAUAGAAAGAUUUCAUGUCUGAUCCUGAGCUUGGAUGGAAUUGGCAUAAAUCAUGGAACUUACCAGAGAUUAAUUACACAAUAAAUGUACUGAUUAAUCAUCUAUUAAGUUUAAAAACAAUGAUACUACCAUUAAAGACUUCAAAGAUGGCAUUCUAGAAGUGUAGAUGUUUGUAAUCAAAAAGGGAUUGAUUGCAAACUAAUACAUAAGUCUAGGAUUAAGAGGAAAUACAAAGUUAGCAUUAUUUGAACCUUCUAUAACAUUUAGUGGGUUGAAAUUUGGAACUACAUCCUACAAUAACAAAGUAAUAAAGAAAAAUUAAUUUUAAGUACUCUAAGUUCAACUUCAUAUUUGUAUUAUCUUAUUCCAGAAAAGAAGAAGUCUUGAUUUUAGAUUCAUAAAUAUCAUCUGAUGUUUUUGUUGAUUCAAGAAAUAGAACUGGUCACAAUAAUAGAGACAUUUCUUAAGAAAUGUUUUUAGAUCUAUUUCCACCAUCAAUAAUUGAUUAAAUAUAUUAUAAAAGAGAAAAUGACAAAUAAAACUAAAAAUUUAAUUAGAUUGAUAAAUCACUUCAAGGUUUCAUUAAUUAUUAUACAUCUGCUAACAUAAGAAAUAAGAUUAGACAUCCUCUAUUUAUGGUGAUGAAGUUUCCUAAAUGUGUCCGCUUAUUCUUUAACUCUAAUUUUAUAAAAAAAUCAGAGAGUGUAUUAAUGUAAGUGUUGUCCCACUUAAAUUAAGUGAAAUAACAAAUGAGCCAGUCAAAAGAGAUGAAACUUUUAGUAAAAGUUGAAAAUUCUAAUUAAAAUACAUUAAAGAAAGUAAAUUAUUAUAUUAAUUAUAGGCUUUAGAUAUAAUUAAAUAAUUGGAAAAUAAUUACUAUGAAAUUUGCACUCAAAGAGCUAGCAUCCCUGAAGAUGCUGUUGAAAUAACAGAUAUCUACUAUUUAACAAGAGAAUACAAAAGGAAAUACUAACAUUUCAUAGAUCAUUCUGAAGGAAAAUAAUAAAAUGAAAAGGCAAAUACUUCCAAGAGUCAAAAGAGUAUAAUGAAAUAAGCUUAGAAAAAUGCAGACUCAAUUGCAUUUCAAGAUGAAUGCCUUAAUAACCCUUUAAUUCAAAUUAAUACUGAUAGCAUAUAACCAAUUCAAAAGCAGAUCUGUUAAAUAUCUUAAAAAAAUAAAAGAAAUCUAGAUAAGCAAUCUAAAAACAUCUAGGUUAAUAAAGAAGAAUAAGUAAAGGAAGAGAAAGACUAAGAAAAUAAUCUAUAAGGUCAAUAAGAAAAAAAGGUAAUUUAAAAAGAUAAGUAAAUUUAAUAAUUAUUCUUUAGAAAUAAGAGCUGUUAGCUUAGUGUAGAUCCCAAUCUUUUGAAUAAUUAAUUCUAACAUCCUGAAGUAAUAUAAUUUUUAUGUAGAUCCUCAAUCAACUUUCUAAUCCUUUAUACUGUAAUAUGUACAACUACGCUUUCAACUAAUUCUUUUAGUGCUAUCAUAACAACUAACAAUAUGGAAACUUUAAUUUAGCUUAUCCUUAUUAUUAUCAUCAAUAUCAUCCAAAAGAAUGA